AUGAAGUAUUCCUACGGAUAUGCCCUUUCCGCGAUCGUUGCCGCCGUCAAUGCACAAGCUGCACCAGAUUUCCCUGUCGAGGUCGACACCAGAUUCAGCGUCAUUUGGGCCAACAGCUCUACCAGAUUUGCUGCUGGGGAUCUCCUUCCACGGGACAACAUUCUAGAAGCCCCUUCAGUCUUCACUUCUGACAACUCAACCUCCUCGACCGGAAAAUACCUAGUAUUCCUCAUCGAUCAAGAUGUUCUGCCAGAGGGACAGACAGAAAAAGUCGAAUUCUUGCACUGGUUCCAACCGGAUUUGGCCGAAUCCGAUGAACUGUUGGCUGGGCUCCUAGCGGUGCAGAAUUCGUCCGAUUCCAUAAAUGCGACAACUUCGGCGCUUCCCAGUGCCCCUUAUCUCGCGCCUACACCCCCUGAGGGUAGCGGUCCGCACAGGUAUACAUUCCUGUUAUAUGCGCAGCCGGACGACUUCAGUGUUCCCGCAUCAUAUGCAAGCUUUUUCGUUGAUGUGCCAGACCUCUCUAAUCGACUACCCUUUAACAUUAAGCAAUUUGCCGAAGAUUCGGAUCUAGGAGAGCCACUGGCUGCCAACUGGUUUCGCGUUCUGAAUGGUAGUGCCGAAGAGACCAGUGCUGCCUUGACAAGCACGGUCGGUCCAUCGUCAACUGCAUCGGGUUCUGCAAACACAGCAACCGCGACAACUACCUCCGCCUCGAGCGGUUCACAGACUGGAACUGCCACAAGCUCAAGUUCGAGUGCAACUGCGACAGGCUCAGGCAAUGGAGCGGGCCUGUUGGACGCUCGCGACAGUCUGAGGGAACUCGGCGUUGGUCUUGCUGUAGGCUUGGCUGGUAUGGGCCUGUGGUUGUAG